GAUCACAUCGGACGGUUCUCUCAACCACAUCAUGGACAAAGUAUGGGAUGCAGUAGACAACAUCCUGAUCCCUGAGCCGCUGCCCGAAGAGGAGGAGUUCGCCGGGUCGAGCACGAAGUAUACUGAGGACAGCAGCGAUUCCAACGGCCCGAUGACCUUCUGCACCUCGGUGCUCUCGUCAAUCCGACCCGCAAAGGCUGUUGCAGAUAGCUGCAAGGUUCCCAUCUUGAAGGACGUGUGGACAUGGACAGUGGAGAAAACCCUCGGAAACGCCAAAGUAGGCGCCCUCUAUACCUCAGAGAAGAGCUGGGCGGUAGGAGGAGGAUACACUUUUCCAGGGAACGAGCUCGAGGUGAAAGGAAGAGUUUCAAACGACUGGCCCCUCUCCAAGCUGCAUGCCACCUCGUCGAUCUCGACCAAGCUUGCGGACAAUGUGAGGUUGAACUUGUGCAGUGAUGUCGAUCUUGGGGCUGGCAGCCUCGACAAGAUCCUGGCGAGCCGGCAGUUUGGCAUUCGUCUCCGCAUCAAGAACGAUCAAAGCGUGUCAACCGAGCAGAAGCAGAAGCCAGAAAUGAGCAAAGACGUGCCUGUGCUCUCGCCUCCGAAACCCCCGAAGGAAGAGGAGAAGAAGGAUGCGAGCGGGAGACAGAAGAAAGUCGAAGAUCGACAGGACUGGGCCAAAUUCAGUUGGAAAGAGCUCAAUCCCAUGCAGCAUAUCAUGAAGCUGACGCCUUCAGCUCCUGACGC